GUAGAAGGAUGUGUGGGUGGUGUCGUUUGAAGUGAACAACACAAUCCGCCAGCCACCCUUCUCCCAUCGGUUCACUGAGAUUACAGCACAUGGUCCCUGGAUUGAUUUAGUCUAAAAACACCCAGUUAUUUGAUAGUAGCUACUUAUUUAUAGAGAUCGUCAAGAAAAGUGCAGAAGGACAGUGUUCGUUGUUGCCUGAAUAAGUUAAACACCGGCGAAACGAAAGCUUGAAAAUGGACGGUGGCGUGACGGUCAUCACCAAUCCCACAGUGUCGGUGCGGCUGACCAGUACCAUCAGUUCGUUCGAGGUGAAUAAACGAUAUAACAGGGGAAUCACAAUCGCCGAAUUCAAGGGUAAAUUGGAGAUGGUUGUGGGUACCCCGGCCUCCAGCAUGGAACUGCAGCUUUUCAGUACCACUGACAAGUUCAUGCAGAAACUAGAUGACAACGAGGCCCUGCUAGGUUCCUACCCUGUGGAUGAUGACUGCAAAAUUCACGUGAUUGACCGCAGUGGAGCCCAGAGCGGAGAGUUCAGUGAUCUGUCUAAAGUGGAGAAAUUUGAGAUUCCAGAUGAGGUCUAUGAGAAGAGGACAGAUUCUGUAAGGUCAUUCAUGAAGAAGCAACGCGUUGGUCGCUUCAAUGAAGAAGAGACUGCUAAAAAGGAGGCUGAGCUUGCAGCUCGUGAGGCCGAGGAGGAGACUGCUGCUGCUGCCAUCGGCGUCGGCAACCGAUGCCAAGUGCAGGUUGUUGGGCUACCCACCAAGAUUGGCACCGUUAUGUAUGUUGGUACAGUAGAUUUCAAGCCGGGUCAUUGGGUGGGAGUGAAGUAUGACGAGCCUCUUGGGAAACAUGAUGGCAGUGUGAAGGAGAAGCGAUACUUUGAAUGUGAGAACAAGUAUGGUGCGUUUGUCAGGCCCCUGACAGUGACCGUGGGGGACUUCCCAGAGGAAGACUAUGGUCUGGAUGAGAUGUAGAACUGUGAUGCUGUCACCCAGUCAAAGGGUGUGGGCAGAUGGGUUCAACCAAGGUUCAACUUUGACCUCCAGUCAGACUACGAACCCGGGGCGAGGGACAGUGUCAUUGCAAUUAACUUUAUUUUGUUUUGCGCUGGUCAGGGAGGUAUGGGUUGGACAAUAGAGAGCUGCAACUGGGUAAGGAGGCAGUAUCGCCUAGGACCAAAUCUAGUGUAGGUGUUUGAUAUCAGAAUAGAAAUUCAGUGCAGAACGUGAGUAAACCGCCAUGGGAGGAUCUAACCUAGUCAAUGUUUCAUGUGAACUCUGUCGGAGGGUAUGAAGUGGUCCUCUUAUGCACCACCUUCCCUUCAGAAGUACCCACUGCCCCCACUCAAUUACACUGCUCAAUGAUGAGUUGUUCCAAGAUGGAAAACGACUACUAAUAUUCUUCACUGGCAUUCUAUAUCAGAGCAGACGGUUGGGUUCCAAAUAAAAUUCACGUUUUUUUUCUUCUAAUCUGUACAUGUACAGUGCAUAAAGUAAGUAUUCACACUCCUCUACUUUUUCAGCCUUAUUUUAAAACUAUAAAACUGCACCGCGUAUGUGAUCAGAACUAGAUUAAGCAUACGACACAAUUAAACAGACCAAUAACAGCAAUAAAACAAAUAUACCAAAACAAGAGAAACCUAUAGUCAGCAAGGUGAAUCAUUUUGAUUCUGAACAUUACAUAUAGAAAUAUAAUGAAGAGGACUCGAAUAAAACAUUUUCCUCAACAAUCUACACACAAUACCCCAUAAUGGUUUAGAGAAAACAGGUUUUGGAAAUGUUUGCAAAUUUAUUGAACAGAAAUACCUUGUUUACAUAAGUCAUUUUGCAGUAGUUUUGAAAGUGGCGCUCCUGAGUCAAAACUAGUCCCUGUUUUUGUGUAUUGUCAUUAAUUUUGUGUGAUGUGAAUUUGGAAAAUUGUUUGAGGUGUAUUUUAAAAUUCAUCUGUUACAAAUCCAAUUUGUGCCAUAUUUUAUGAAUUUCUUUAAAAAUCCAGGACUGCAUCUUUAAAUGUUUUUUUUUGUGUGGAAUUUACUGGAUAUUGAAUGAGCAGAGUUGAGAAAAGCUCUUGAAUUAAAGUACAGUCUUUGAUACCUUGUUACAACUACAUUGUUGGAUGUAUUCCAUGUGAAUGAUAACCAGGUGGUCCUACUACUUCAUUUGAUCCAGUGGCUUUAGAAUGCAAGUGUUCCUAAAUUGAUGUCCUCUGAAUUUUGAGUUGAACCUGAAUUGCCCAUCACAUCCUAGAUUCAAAUUUAAUAAUAGGCAGUCAUAAAAAGCAUCACAAUGUGAAUUAUCAACCCAAGCCAUGGUUCUGUUAAACUUUAUAAAAUAAAUCCCAUGCUUUGGAAUGCAAGAAUUCACACUACAACAAACUAUCUAGUUGUUCUGAUUAGUGACAGUUUAUUUGAAUAUCUGUUCAAUGGUUAUUGUACCAUAAAGCCCUUUGUUUUUGUGUGUCAUGUCCCUGUUCUAGAUUCUGGAAAAUGUUAAGCUGCUUCUAACGCUCCAACACUUCAAAUGUCACCAGUUAUGCACAUAGACAGCAUGCAGUUCAGACCUAGAGCUCAGCUGACAAGUCACUUUUCAGAUGGAUGAGAUAUCUUAUCUGUGUUUCUACUGAACUUCAUUGUACUGCUCCUCAUCGCCACUUCAGAGAUUGACUCAUGAAAGCAUGUGAUCUGUCAUUUGUUAAGUCGCGCAUGUAACUGAGCCAGUUUUGGAAGAGAAACUGAAUAUGAAAGCAAAUAAUUAAUGCAUUCCUUUUUUCUUUUCUUUUUCUCGGACCUUGUCAGCAAUUGACAGGCCCUGAUUGGUCCAUGAAUUGCAAUCUGUUCUUAUGAAAUCUCAAAGGUGCUGGUGUUAUUUUUGAUGUGCCAAAGUGCAAUGGUAUCUAAUGCACAAUAAAGUAAAAUAAACAUA